GCCUUCGUUCCCACUCAAAGACCGAAGAGAACCGCACUGAUCUAUCGCUAAUUAAUACGAUUGAUCGAUCGAUUCGCAGAAGACGAAGAAGAAGAAGUUGUGUCGUCUAUCUCACAUCUUUCUUCAAUUUUCUCCGUCGCUGCUUUUGAGUUCCAAAAAGAACUAUCAUGUAUAGGUGGUGGUGACUUACCUGAUAGAAGCUGAACUCAAAUUACUCAAAAUAAGUGUGGCACCUUGAUAACGUCUCCCGGAGGUGACAAAAGAUGGAAGGAGCAUUUAAGGUUAAAUCGAUUGUCGUUGACAAUGGGUCUAGAGUGACCAAGGCUGGGCUUGCGGGAGAUGAUGCUCCAAUAGAUGUUUUCCCUAGCGUUGUUGGUCGGCCCCGCUAUACGGGUGUCAUGGUAGGCAUGAGUCAAAAGGAUGCAUAUGUAGGAGAUGAAGCUUUGGCUAAGAGAGGUAUUUUACGCUUGAGGUCCCCAACUAAGCAUGGUAUUGUUACAAAUAUGGAUGACAUGGAGAAAAUAUGGCACCACACAUUUUAUAAUUCCCUUCGUGUUGCUCCAGAAGAGCACCCCGUGCUCCUAACCGAAUCUCCUCUGAACCCUAAGGCUAAUCGUGAAAAAAUGACAGAGAUUAUGUUUGAGACAUUCCAGACGCCUGCCAUGUAUGUUGCUAUUCAGGCUGUUCUUGCCUUAUAUAUAAGUGGUCGUACCACAGGUAUGGUUUUGGAUUCGGGUGAUGGUGUCACUUGCACAGUUCCCAUCUAUGAGGGCUAUGCUCUCCCACAUGCCAUCUUUCGUCUUGAUUUUGCCGGUUGUGACUUGACGGAUCAUUUGGCGAAUCUUUUCAGGGAGAGAAGUGACGGUUACUCCGAGAACUUUCGUAUGUUGUACAGGUUUCGAGAAUUUUUUGUUGACAUCAAGGAGAAGCUUGCUUACAUAGCACACGACUUUGAGCAGGAGUUGGAGACCUCAAAAUCUAGCUCUACGGCGGAAAAGAUCUAUGAGCUUCCUGAUGGGAACAAGGUCACUAUGGGUGCUGAGCUGUUCCGUUGCACUGAGCCACUUUUCAAGCCUUCGAUGAUUGGAAUGGAUGUUGCAGGAAUUCAUGAGACCAUGCACAACUCUGUGAUGAAAUGUGAUGCUAAUAUUGGGAAGGAGCUUUAUGGUAACAUUGUGCUUAGUGGUGGUAAUACCAUGUUCCCUGGCAUUAUUGAUAGAAUGACCAAAGAAAUGACUUCUUUGGCCCGUAGCAACAUGAAGAUUAAGGUUGUGGCACCACCUGAGAGGCAAAACAGUGCUUGGAUUGGAGGCUCCAUCUUAGCCUCUCUCAGUUCAUUCGAACAGAUGUGGAUUAAAGGAACUGAGUACAAUGAGUACGGUCCAUCGAUUGUGCACAGAAAGUGCUUCUAAUUCUUCGAUAAACAUUGUUUUCAUAUACGUUUCCUUUUUAUGUUCACAUGGGAAAAUGAUAUUUUAGAUAUUUUGUGCUCAAUAAAGUGAUAGGUCAUGAUAAGUCUUGAGAGAGGCCUAUAGUCAAGAUGAUAAAGGAAGUCUGGCCCCUGAUACACCCUUGAGCUAGAGUUUCUUUCUUGGACCCUCAACUUGGGGAGACGCCAAUGUGCAUUGGGGUGCUCAGUUUUGGUGAUAAGUUAAUUUUCUUUUUGUUUUUGUGAGCUUUGAAGUUAUAAUAGAAUAUGAAUCUCCAUUUUGGUUCUUUUUUCUAUUUUGAUGGUCCAUACCAGCAUUCAUAAAUAUUUACCUUAUAAGCAACUUUUGAUGCCGAGGUACCCAAUUGAGUAUGGUAUUGUUACCAAAUGCGAUGACAUGAGAAAAUCUG